UGAUUCCCGGAUGUUUAAUAUAAUGAAAAAACGGGCAGCUGAGAUAAAAUGAGUUACAAAUAGAUUAUUGGAAUAGACUCUCACUGCCUUUUACUGAAUUCGCCUCUUAUUGAAUUUAAAUCCAUUUGUCAAGCCAACGAUGCCCUCACAUCACAUGUACAGGUAGAUGCAUAUAAAGGCGGGUUUGGAGCCCGAGGAGCCUCUAAAGUAGUUAAGAGUGUUUGCUGCCUAUAACCACUGACAAGUGAAGCUAGGGAUUUGGGAUACAUGGCCUCACAUCUGUUGAAGAUGGAAUCAUAGUCAAAUUAAACUUUGUGAUCCUCAAGGACACUGUCUCCGUACGGGUUUGAAGGGGGAAAGAAAUCUGCGAUGCUGUUACCUAGCUUUUGUAUAGAUCCAAGAGCGGUGAUUGAGAGAGAGAGGAAGCCUCUUAUAUUUUAUUGGCCAUUCCAUGUUAGGGCUGAGUGAUAGCAGAAAUGAUCACUAGGCUUCUCCACCUGAGAGCUUGGGCCUUUUUGUUCUUCUGCUUCUCUGUUUUGUCGCUCGGACAAGAGCUCGUCAGCUGCAACACAACAUCCCCAGAUGCCUCUGGCUACCGUUGCAGUGUGAAUGAAUCACAAUGUGGAACAUUUGCAGUUUUCUUCACCAGUUCAUACUACUCAUCUCUCUUCAACUUGAGCUUUUACCUGGGAAUCAAUCGCUAUGUGGUUGCGGAUGCAAAUGGGUUUUCUGCAGAAACAGAAUUUCUUCUUCAUGAACAACCUCUACUAAUACCAAUAGACUGCAAAUGCAAAGGCGGCUUCUUUGGCGCUGAAAUAACCAAAACUACCAUGAAAGGUGAGAGCUUUUAUGGGAUUGCUCAGUCGCUGGAAGGCUUGACAACCUGCAUGGCUAUUAGUAACAAGAAUCCAGGUGUGUCACCUUGGGAUCUCGAUGAUAAUACCAGAUUGCUGAUCCCUCUGAGAUGUGCAUGUCCCUUAUCAUCUAAAGUUUCUCCAGAGCCGAAGCUUCUGAUUUCUUACCCAGUGAGAGAAGGCGACACAGUUCUUAACUUGGCAUCAAAGUUUAAUACAAGUGCAGAAGCAAUAAUGAAAGCAAAUAACAUAUUCUCCAAAGAUUUCAAACCUGCUAAGCUCACGCCCUUUACCUCUCUUCUGAUCCCACUCAAUGGCAAGCCUGUUCUUGGUCCUCUGGCUAAACCCAGGGAACCCAAUUCGGGUAAUCGAUCAAGCAGUAUACCAGUGAUUAAUCCAUCACACAAGAAGCCCAGAACGUGGAAGGCUGAAUUGUACAUUGGGCUAGCUGGCGUCGCUGUUGGAGUUUUGUUUGCUUUUCUAGCAGCUUUAGUUGUGAUUAGAUUGAAGAACGGGAAGAAAGAGAAAUCAUCCAAAAGAAGCAAUUUGGAGCUGCAACAUCUUAAUGUAAGCGCAAGAACCACCAGCGACAAGAAGAAAGUUUCGUUCGAAGGAUCCCAGUAUGGGAAAAUAAUCGACACAGCUCCUCGUAAGAUGCUGCUGGAGACAUUCACCCUUGAAGACCUAAAAAAAGCAACGGAGGAUUUCAGUUCAAGCAAUCUCAUAGAGGGAUCUGUAUUUCACGGCCGUCUGGAAGGGAAAAACAUGGCAAUCAAACGAGCACAUACAGAAACGGUUUUAAAAAUCGAUCUCGGGCUCUUCCAUAACACAAUCCACCAUCACCCUAACAUUCUUAGGAUGCUCGGAACGUGUUCAACAGAAGGUCCCGAGUCAUAUCUGGUUUUCGAGCAUGCAAAAAACGGGUCUUUGAAAGACUGGCUUCAUGGUGGGUUGGCCAUCAAGAACGAGUUCAUAUCUUCCUGCAAUUGCUUCCUCACGUGGAGUCAGAGGCUCAGGAUCUGCCUUGACGUGGCCAUGGCCCUGCAAUAUAUGCACCACGUCAUGAACCCAAGCUAUGUCCACAGAAACAUAAAGAGCAGGAACAUCUUUCUGGACGAAGAAUUCAGUGCCAAGAUUGGGAACUUCGGGAUGGCGGGCUGUGUCGAGAACGAAACAGAGGAUCCAAUGUUCUACUCAACCAACCCUGCAUCCUGGAAUCUUGGUUAUUUGGCACCAGAAUAUGUACACCAAGGCUUAAUUUCUCCAAGUACUGAUAUUUUUGCUUAUGGAGUGGUUUUGCUGGAAGUUUUGUCUGGUCAGACACCUAUAAGCAGGCCCAAUGAGAAAGGGGAAGGAAGCGUUUGGCUCACCGAUAAAAUAAAGUCUGUUCUGAAGUCAGAAAAUGAGGAAGAACUGAGGGGGUGGAUGGACAAGGCAGUAGGUGAGAAUUAUUCAUUCGAUGCAGCAAGAACAGUGGCAAAUAUUGCUAGAGCUUGUGUAGAGGAAGAUUAUAGUAUGAGGCCGGUUGCAGGGGAAGUUGUGGAGAAGCUGUCCAGAUUGGUGGAGGAACUUCCAGAAGAAGAACGCAUGUUGAUGUCUGAAAGCUCUUGCAAGCCUCUGGUGAAAGCAGUGGCAAAACCAUGAUCCUACCUUCCGUUCUGGAAAUUAAAUUCAUUAUCUUUGGUCCCUAAUCUCUUGUCCCUCUUAAUUAAAUGUGGUUCUGUUGCAUAUGUAAUUAUACCGAGACUUGUCAAAAUAAGACCGACAAAGCAGUUUUCUUCUAACUCUUUCUUUCGAGAGUUUCAGAGGCACCUAUUUUGGCUGAUUGUCAUUUAUACUGCGGCGUCAUGUAACCGGAGAUUCUAUGGAUAUGUGAAGUUGUAUUCUCUGCU